AUGAUAGAAAUUUUCGGUUGUUAUCGACACUUUGGUCACCCCAUCGUUAAUGAAGAGGAUGGCGUCAAAGAUCUAUUAUCAAAUACAAGGAAGAAGAUUGAUAUUGAUUAUGACAUAACAAGAGAUGUCAGCGGUGCAUUUAACAGGAGGUUCAUUCUAAGCUUCUUAGCCCGCAAUAACAGGUGGCCAAAGUGUGUCAUAAACGAAAAGAUUGUUAACUUCCUGUCAGAACAUAAACUAGUAAAGUUCCGUAAACUACUAUUGAAAAAGCCAACUUCCAUUAACGAUUAUGAAUUGAACAUACCUAUCGGAUGUUGGCACUACAUUGACUUCGCUAAAGAGCUCAUUUUUGAUGAGUUUUCAGAUUUUACCGAGUUACUCUCUGAUACAGCAAUUUCACCUUAUCGCGAUAAUUAUGCUAGCGUAUACCACAAAGAUUGCUUGAACGUGGAGAAGCCUAAAGACAUCAAAGAAAGUCGCCGAACGUUGAUAGAGAUAAUAGGCCGAGAAGAAUUUAGCAUUCACGACAUAAUCACAAGAAUAGAAAACAACGAAGUCCCGUCCAGCUGGUUUGUUGUGGGACUACACUCCAAAGAACGAGAGAUUAAAAUUAAAUCUAGAUUAUUUGCUAUGAUCGUUAGAGCCUGA